AUGCUGGGAACGUGUUUUCGACGGUCCUAUCGGACAAAAGCUUCUCCUCAUCUGCCAAAGGGUGCUCAGGUAGCCAGGACGGAGUCGACACCUCUCGCCGUUCGUCUCCGACGGGAACGAGAUUUAGGGCCCGUCAAAGCUGGUGAAACAGAUGCAGCCUAUGGUGGCCUAACACCCUCCGAAGUUGCACGGUAUAACCGAUAUCUCGCAAUGGGAACACUACCCAAGAUAGACGGGAAACCCCUUACGCAGACACAGUACUUGGAACGAUUAAGCGCCAAACGUUCUCGUAUUCGAGGAAUUAGGACUGUGAAGCGGGAUGAUAAAGAGGUUGUAGAAGUUGUAGGUCAACCAAUCUAUCUUCCCAACAUGAUAUUUCGUCUCGUUCGCAAUCAUACGCUAGAGGGUCAAGACUACAACCCAUACGAAGCCACCUUCCGUAUUCCAUUAUCUGUGACCAAGAAUGAUGUACGGUCAUACCUAUUCUCUGCCUACGGCGUCAAGACCACCUAUGUUCGUACCGACAUCCGCUACGGAAAACACCAUUCCACCAUAAAUAGGCCUAGUCCCCUCCACCCCUUCCGAAGAUUGGCAGCGUAUAAACGAGCAGUGGUUGGAUUGGUGGAUCCAUUCUAUUACCCACAUCGUGUGGAGGACAUGCCUUUAGAGGAGAAACAGGAGAGAAGGGAAUUUAUGGAGGAGAGUUUCCAUGUUAAAGAGACGAGAGCGAACGAGGUGAAGGCGAACUUGCAGGCCAAGGCAAAACAAUUUGGGUCGGACAUGCAAACAUGGAAAUACAGAGGUGACCCCAAAAUUGGGAAAAAUCGAGGAAAUAUAUUGCGGGCCGUUGCGCAAAGGAGGAUCUUAAAGGAGAAGUUGGUGAGCGAGCAGGUGAAGGAGUGGCAGAGGAAGAGGGCAAAGGGCGAGACGAUUGAACUUGCUUUACCCUCGUCGAAGAAGGCGAAAAAGAAACCAGUGGAUGGGGCAGCACCACCGGCCGCAACAGCAGCUUCUCCUCCCUCAGUUUAA